UCAGCUGCUUGAAUCCGAAAAAUCAAUAAUGCAGAAAAGUUUUUUGCGGGGGAAAAAUGUUUACAAAAUGCAUUAGCUGCUGUGGUCUCGCCUUAAUCUCUGUUUUCUUCGCCUGCCUUUUAGUCGAAAAUUGCGUUGCGUUACAAAAAACUCUUCGCCACUAUGAGAUAUUCCACAAGGACGAUGUCGUGCAUAGAGUCGUUAAAAGAGGAGCCAAGCACAGUACAAAUCCGUUUAAUGUCAUCAAGGAAGUGGAGUUCACCACUCUGGGAAAAAACUUCCGGUUGAUUUUGCACCCCCAUCGAGAUGUCCUUCAUAGCAAAUUUCGGGCCUAUGCUGUGGAUGCGGAUGGCAAUGAAACGGUGGUGCAUAUGGAUCAUGAUAGCUUCUAUUCUGGCCGCGUCUUCGGCGAACUGGAGUCUUCAGUGAGGGCUUAUAUUGAGGAUGGGACAAUGACCAUGUCUAUCCACCUUCCGGAUGAAACCUACCAUAUAGAGCCUUCGUGGAGACACCUGCCAGAGGCCAAAAAGGACACAAUGGUGGCCUACAAGUCCUCCGAUGUAAAGGUGCACAAGAACGAGGCGGGUGGCACUCCCAAGACCUGUGGCUACAUCAAGGAGGGUCUGGAGCUGGAAGACAAGGAAAGCGAGGAUACCAUAGACAAUGAAAUACACUCGCGCGAGAAGCGUCAGUCGGAUCAGUACGAGUACACCCCAACCAAAACUCGAUGUCCCCUCCUUCUGGUGGCGGAUUAUAGAUUUUUCCAGGAAAUGGGAGGAGGCAACACCAAGACGACCAUCAACUACUUGAUAAGCCUCAUCGAUCGGGUGCACAAGAUCUACAACGACACCGUAUGGCAGGAUCGCUCCGACCAGGAAGGAUUCAAGGGCAUGGGCUUCGUCAUCAAGAAGAUAGUGGUGCACUCGGAGCCAACCAGGUUGCGAGGUGGUGAAGCGCAUUACAACAUGAUCCGUGAGAAGUGGGAUGUCCGCAAUCUUCUCGAGGUCUUCUCCCGGGAGUACAGCCACAAAGACUUCUGCCUAGCCCAUCUCUUUACCGAUCUCAAGUUCGAAGGCGGCAUUCUGGGCUUGGCUUACGUUGGCUCCCCGCGUCGCAAUUCCGUUGGCGGCAUUUGCACUCCAGAAUAUUUCAAAAAUGGCUACACUCUGUACUUGAACUCCGGAUUGAGCAGCUCCCGGAAUCAUUAUGGACAAAGAGUCAUCACACGCGAGGCUGACUUGGUAACGGCCCAUGAGUUUGGACACAAUUGGGGAUCUGAACACGACCCAGAUAUUCCGGAGUGCUCGCCGAGCGCUUCCCAGGGUGGCAGCUUCCUCAUGUACACCUACUCCGUCAGUGGUUAUGAUGUCAACAAUAAGAAAUUCUCUCCAUGCUCCCUUCGAUCCAUUCGAAAGGUUCUGCAGGCCAAGUCGGGUAGAUGCUUCUCUGAACCGGAGGAGUCCUUCUGUGGCAAUCUUCGCGUUGAAGGUGACGAGCAGUGCGAUGCCGGUUUACUGGGAACUGAGGACAACGAUUCAUGCUGCGACAAAAACUGCAAACUGCGUCGGAAUCAGGGAGCCAUGUGCAGCGACAAAAACUCGCCCUGUUGCCAGAACUGCCAGUUCAUGGCGUCGGGGAUGAAGUGCCGUGAAGCUCAAUACGCCACUUGUGAGCAGGAGGCCCGUUGCACAGGUGCCCAUGCGGAGUGCCCCAAAUCCCCAGCUAUGGCGGAUGGGACGAUAUGCCAGGAGCGUGGGCAAUGCCGGAAUGGAAAGUGUGUGCCGUAUUGCGAGACCCAGGGCUUGCAGAGCUGCAUGUGCGACAUCAUAGCGGAUGCCUGCAAGCGUUGCUGCCGCAUGAGCAUCAACGAAACCUGCUUUCCGGUGGAGCCACCUGAUGUCCUGCCGGAUGGCACGCCUUGCAUAACUGGAUUCUGCAAUAAGGGCGUUUGCGAGAAGACCAUACAGGAUGUGGUUGAGCGCUUCUGGGAUAUUAUAGAGGAAAUAAAUGUGGCGAAGACACUCAGAUUUCUCAAGGACAACAUUGUCAUGGCCGUUGUCCUUGUCACCGCUGUGUUUUGGAUUCCAAUCAGCUGUGUCAUUUCGUACUUCGAUCGCAAGAAGCUGCGCCAUGAAAUGAAGUUGAUUGAGUGGAGUCAGAAACUGGACCUCAUACAUCCAAGCGACGAAAGACGUCGCGUCAUUCACAUACGCGUUCCCCGCCAAAAGAUCUCAGUGGCACGAGCCUGUAACUAGCACAAAGUACGGUGGCGCGAUUUUUUUUAUCUUCCGUGAGCAUUUUUCUCGAACAGCCACAAUUCUUUUGUAUUAAAAAAUCCUAAUUUAACAAAAAUUACACAUAAUGAAUAAAAUUCCAUAUACUAUAGACCAAAUUAG